UCACUACCUUCUUUCACCUUUGCCCUGCAGUUGCCUAGUGCUCUGAGCAGGUAUCAGUACUGUCAACAUUCUAUUCAUGUGCCACUGACCAUGAACUCUUCUGGCAAUGAUAACUGGCACCCCGGUGGCCCGCCAGCGCACCCGGGGAUGGAUCAGAUGAACCAAGGACCUCGUCCUCUGGGCUCCUUCAGCCAAAACCCACCGCCUCAGCAAGGCCCGUCUUCGCAGCCCACGGGGCCGGUUCUCCCCCCUCCAGCUGGUCCUUACCACCCUGCGAAUCAACCUGGCGGACACUCUCUUCCCGGCCUGGCGGAGCUGAGCCAGGGCCAUGCUGGUCCGCAUCAGCCUCCCGCUUACGGCCAACACCCUGCGGCUCCUGGUCAUAAUGCUGGUCACUCGCUCCCGGGUAUCGGGCAAGCCAUGCAACAUCCCUCCCCCCAGUCCAUCAACCGGGAACGCGAGCGAGACUCUAGAGAACGCGAGCUGAUUGAGAGACAGCGCCAGGAGGAGAUGGCCCACAGAGAGCGCGAGCAGCGCGAACGCGAACAGAUUGAGAGACAGCAGCUGGAGCGACAACGUGAACAGCAGCACCACCCGGUCCAGAGCCACACAGGGUCUAUCCCUAUCCAUCAGCCGGUGGCCUCGAAAGUGCCAAACUCCAUUCACGGCCCCAAUGGUCUGCUGUCAAAUCUUGGGUCUAACCCGUCAAAUGGCCCGCAAGGUUCGAUGCCUACGCCGGGAGGGCCUGGUGGCAUCUACGGCCCACAGAUGCAGCAUGGUGAAGGUACACCCAGGUCAUACAUGCAACAUCCAGGUGGACCGCCCGGCCAACCCAUGAUGGGAUUCAAUGGCUCUGGCCCUCAGAUUCCAGGCAAUGUGGCGGCACUUGCCCAGGGCCAGCAGCCAAUCCUGAACGAUGCACUUAGUUAUCUAGAUCAGGUGAAGGUUCGCUUUGUCGACCAACCUGAUGUGUACAACCGAUUCUUAGAUAUCAUGAAAGACUUCAAGAGCCAAGCCAGGAUCGAUACGCCCGGAGUCAUCCAACGCGUCUCUACUCUUUUCAAUGGACACCCCGCUCUCAUCCAAGGGUUCAACACGUUCUUGCCUCCUGGAUAUCGGAUCGAGUGUGGCACAGAGGACAACCCAGACGCGAUUCGAGUGACCACGCCCUCGGGUACCAAUACCUUGAGUAUGCCCCGUGCUAGACACUCUCUGGAUUCUUCUGGCGAGCUUGGUCCAUCUGGUGGCAUGGGCCCUCACGGACGCGCUGAAUACUAUGACCAGUCUCGACCUGGGUGGCAACAGCCCCAGCCUCAGCAGCAGCAGCAGCAGGGCAAUCUUCCAGGAUCAUACUCUCCUGGGUCCCGCAUGAUGGGUCCUGGCAUGUUUGGACAGCAAGGUGGUCAGGGUCAAGCUCAAGAGCAUCACUUUGAAUACCCAACCCAGCAAGAGCAACAAGCAGCAGCUGGAGCUGCCGCUAUGGCUCAUCAGCAGGAUCAGCGAGGGGUUUCCCAGCUUCAAGGUGCUGCCUCUGCUGCUUCUGCGGGUCUCACGCGUCCGUCUUUGUUGCAGGUGUCAGCAGCGUCUCAACAGGGACCUAGUCUGACCCAGCCUAUGAACAAUUUGGCGGGCGUCGGCACCGGCAUGCUGCAAGGCUCACAGGAUUUGACCAAGCGUGGACCGGUGGAGUUCAACCAUGCCAUUAGUUAUGUCAACAAGAUAAAGAACCGCUUUGCAAGUGCCCCUGAGAUCUACAAGCAGUUCCUCGAAAUACUACAGACCUAUCAGCGGGAAUCCAAGCCAAUCGGGGAUGUGUAUGCCCAAGUUACCCAGCUCUUUAACACGGCUCCCGAUUUGUUGGAAGACUUCAAGCAAUUUCUUCCUGAAUCUGCAGCGCAUGCAAAGCAGCAGGCCGCAGCUCGUCAGGCCGAGGAAGCAGCUCCCAUGAGCAAUGUUCGCGGCGAGCCGAGCUAUCCCAACGCCAAUGCUCUUCCUUCUCAGACUCCGAACCGCGACGUCAAGAUGCCCCCAUUGGGCCAGUUCAAUGUCAAGGACUCUGCGAAGGAUGGCAAGAAACGUCGGAAUGGGCCAGGCGCCCCAUCUUCCAUGGGCUCUUCAAUGUCUGGUCCUUCGGCUGCGGAUGCGGCACGCAUGGGAGAUAUGCAGGCUAGGAACCCAGCUCUCCAAGCUGGUAAUGCCAACAAGAGGGCUAAAGUUCAUCAUACGAAGCCUUCCCAGGCAGAAGUUCCUGCUGUUUCUCCCACCCUCGUACCUGCUUUGCCAGAACCAAUUCAGCCGACUUUUUCCCUGACCCCUACUCAGGAAGAAUUUGCUUUCUUUGACCGUGUCAAGAAGUACAUCGGCAACAAGCAGACAUUCAGCGAGUUCCUGAAGCUUUGCAAUCUGUACUCCACCGACCUCAUCGAUAGGCAUGUGCUUGUGAAAAGGGCGGCUAGUUACAUUGGCUCCAACCCGGAGCUGAUGGCUUGGUUCAAGCGCUUCAUGCAUGUCGACGAGCCAGAAGACAAGAUCAUUGAUGUCAAAGCGAAACAAGACUCUGGACUUGUUAAUUUGUCUCAUUGCCGGUCCCUCGGGCCCAGCUAUCGUCUGUUACCGAAGCGUGAGCGCCAGAAGCCUUGCAGUGGCCGUGAUCAGCUGUGCUACAGUGUGCUUAAUGAUGAGUGGGCUUCUCAUCCCACGUGGGCGUCGGAAGAUUCUGGAUUCGUUGCCCACCGUAAGAACCAGUUUGAAGACGCCCUGCAUCGCAUUGAAGAGGACAGGCAUGACUAUGACCACCAUAUUGAGGCGUGCACGCGGACGAUUCAGCUUAUCGAGCCGAUUGUGCAGCAAUUCCUCGUUAUGUCGGAAGCCGAGUGCGCCGCGUUCAAGCUUCCGCCUGGCCUCGGCGGACAGAGCGAAGCCAUCUACCAGCGGGUGAUCAAAAAGAUCUACGACAGACAACGCGGGGAGAAGAUCAUCAAGGAGAUGUUCGAGCGACCAACCCAUGUUCUGCCCAUCGUUCUUUUCCGUCUUAAGCAGAAGUGUGAAGAGUGGAAAGCGAGUCAGCGUGAAUGGGAUAAAAUAUGGCGUGAGCAGAUGCAGAAGGCAUACUGGCGUAGUUUGGAUCACCAGGCGAUUGCCAGCAAACAAGUUGACAAGAAGCUGUUCGUGGCGAAGCAUAUCCAUACUGAAAUCCAGAACAAGUUUGAGGAGAGCCGGAAUCUGCGCAAGAGUGGGUAUCAAACCGUCAAGCAUCAGUUCGAGUUCACCUUUGAUGAUCCGGCUGUCAUCAUUGAUGCCACGCAUCUGCUACUUACUUUCAUCGACCGUAACUCUGCUGGGUUUGGCGCCGACCCACAGAAGGUGAUGACCUUCAUCAAGGACUUUGUUCCCGUGUUCUUUGGCAUGGACCGUGACACUUUCCACGUGUACAUGAAUGAACUCUCGAAUGGCGCAUCCCCGAUAGAUGAAGGUGACGAUGAGAGUCUGGCCGCCGAGGAGUCUUCAACGCCGCGCAGUCGGAAGGGCAUCAAUGGCAAGAAGAUCGACCUUCUCCGCGAUGUUCUUGAGCGUCGUAGCGAGAAGGUACGCCGUGGUGACAAGGAAGGCAGUACGCCAGCCAGCCGCGAUGGCACGCCAGAUGCUGUUCUGGUCCCGUCGACUCCGAUUCCCGAUCCGACAGAGCCAUUUGAUGUGGCCGAGCUGAAGUGGAUGGAGCACCCCGGGCAGGGGAACUUCAACCAACAGCGGGAGUACAACCUGAACGAGACGUAUGAGAAGAAGACCCACCACUUGUACGCCAACCUCAAUAUCUACUGCUUCUUCCGCACAUUCGAGGUCCUUUACUCGCGGCUGCUGCGCAUCAAGCUGCAUGAAAAGGAUGCUCAUGAUGAUGUCCGUCGUGCGCUAGUGAGCAAACCAGCGCAAGAGCUCAACCUUAUUGACAAGUACCCUACGGAGUUCUUCUACGACUGUGACCCCAAGGCGAACCUGUACCAGCAGAUCGUGCGCAUGUGCGAAGAGGUCAUCAAAGGGGAUAUGGAGCCUUCUCACCUGGAAGAGACGCUUCGUCGCUAUUACCUGCGGAGCGGAUAUCAAUUGUACAACUUGGAGAAGAUGUUUGCAGGGAUAUCCAAGUUUGCCGGGGCGAUCUUCAACGGGGAUUCGAAAGACCGCAGCUCGGAUAUUAUGAACCUCUUCUUCAAGGAGCGGGACAAGGAGGAGACCACGCACAACCAGGAGAUUCAGUACCGCAAGCAAGUGGAACGGUUGGUCAAGGACGGUGACAUUUAUCGCAUUACCUACAACCCUACCACCAAGAAGACGACGCUGCAGCUGUUGACACCCGAGGAUGCAACGUUGGAGAAUGAGGAGCUGAGCCAAGAGGCGCGCUGGUCCUACUACGUCUCUGCGUACACGAUGCGGGAUCCGACCGAGGGUGUGCCGUUCUCCCAGAUGCGCAUGCCUUUCCUGAAGCGCAACCUGCCGGCCAAGCUGGAGCAGGAGGAGGAGUACAACCGCUACUACCGCCCGCUGGUGCACCAGGACGGGUUGAUCAUCCGCAUCUGUGCCAACAGCUAUCACAUUCUGUACGAGCCCGGCAGCUACGACUGGUGGUGGCGGCCGACGGCGCCGGCCGAGGAAGCGGCCGAGGAGGUAGCCAAGGAGGAGGCGGCCGUGAAGGAGCGACGCCGGGAUCGGUUUACGGAGAAGUUUGUCAAUAACCCGCACUGGGCGCAUGGCCUCAGCAAGGAUCAAGUGGACGAAUCGAACCAGCGAUUCCGGUCCUGGAUCAAGGGCUCUGACGGGGAGGCUGCUGCUGCUGCUGCUCCGGCGGAAGGCACCGAAACCGAGUCGAAGAACGACAAGGAAGAUACGGAGAUGGCUGAUGUCGAGCAGUCUGCGGUGGAGUCGAAAGAGCAAUGAACAGUGCUUUUCGCAUAGAACAGCGCAUGUCUGCAGCGUGCGGCCCAGUCAGCUUCUGCGGGAGAUAGCUUGGACCCGCGGGCCUCCACACUGCACCAUGUGUAUGACGAAUACAGGGGACUUCCUCUCUACAUAAACGGUACAUAGUGUCUCUACGGUUGCACGAAUGGGAAUAUUUCUGCUUGUUGGAAAAACGAAUCCGUCUGGUGGGAUAGCGAGGAGAAGCGACCGGUCUGGGGGUGGACUGGAGCGCGCCUUGCGACCGGCAGGGGGAGAAUUGUCUGGCGUGGGGUCGGGGGG